GUUGGUUUGUUCAUUUGGAUCCAGAUCUCCCAAGCACAGAACCUUUGCGCUUUAUAAACAAAUCCCGGGGUUUCCUUCCCACUCGGCCAGUACACUACAUUAAUCUGAAAUCCCAACGCCAUAAGAAUAAGAGGCGCCACCACCAAGUCUUCCUCACAUCCCCGACCUCCCUCACUCUCCACGAGCGCCCGGCCGGCGCCUCCAAUGCCUCCUCCCAGGUUACGUGGCGCCAUCGCCACGUGGCACCUUCUCCUCCUAGCGUGCGUCCUGCCGUUGGCUCUCUGCGCCAACGAGCAGGGCGAGGCGCUGCUCCGAUGGAAGCGCUCGCUGUCGACGAACGGCAGCUCGGGCGUUCUGGGGUCAUGGAGCUCGUCGGAUGUGAGCCCAUGCCGGUGGCUCGGCGUCGGGUGCGACGCGAGCGGCAAGGUCGUGUCGCUGUCCCUCACCUCCGUGGACCUCGGGGGCGCCGUGCCGGCGUCCAUGCUCCGGCCGCUCGCGGCGUCACUACAGACACUGGCGCUCUCCAAUGUCAACCUGACCGGCGCGAUCCCCGCCGAGCUCGGCGAGCGCUUCGCGGCGCUGAGCACCCUCGACCUCAGCGGGAACAGCCUCACGGGCGCGAUCCCGGCGUCGCUCUGCCGGCUCACGAAGCUCCGGUCACUGGCAUUGCACACCAACUCUCUUACCGGCGCCAUCCCUGCCGAUAUCGGCAACCUCACGGCGCUCACGCACCUCACGCUCUACGACAACGAGCUGGGCGGCACGAUUCCUGCCAGCAUCGGGAGGUUGAAGAAGCUGCAGGUGCUUCGCGCCGGCGGGAACCCGGCUUUGAAAGGCCCUUUGCCGGCGGAGAUCGGACAGUGCAGCGACCUCACCAUGCUCGGCCUCGCCGAGACCGGCAUGUCGGGGAGCCUCCCGGACACGAUCGGGCAGCUGGGGAAGCUCCAGACCCUCGCCAUCUACACCACCACGCUCUCCGGCCCGAUCCCUGCAACCAUCGGCAACUGCACCGAGCUCACCAGCCUCUACCUCUACCAGAACGCCCUCACCGGCGGCAUCCCGCCGGAGCUUGGCCAGCUAACAAAGCUCCAGAACGUGCUCCUAUGGCAGAACAACCUCGUAGGCCACAUCCCGCCAGAGAUCGGGAACUGCAAGGAGCUCGUGCUCAUCGACCUCUCGCUGAACGCCCUCACGGGCCCGAUCCCGAGCACCUUCGGCGCGCUCCCGAAGCUCCAGCAGCUGCAGCUGAGCACGAACAAGCUGACGGGCGCCAUCCCCGCCGAGCUCUCCAACUGCACGGCGCUCACGGACGUCGAGGUGGACAACAACGAGCUGUCCGGGGACAUCGGCGCCAUGGACUUCCCGCGGCUGCGCAACCUCACGCUCUUCUACGCGUGGCAGAACCGGCUCACGGGCCGCGUGCCGCCGGGCCUGGCCCAGUGCGAGGGCCUGCAGUCGCUGGACCUCUCCUACAACAACCUCACGGGCCCCGUGCCCAGAGAGCUUUUCGCGCUGCAGAACCUCACCAAGCUCCUGCUGCUGAGCAACGAGCUCUCCGGGAUCAUCCCCCCGGAGAUCGGCAACUGCACGAAUCUCUACCGGCUCCGGCUAAACGAGAACCGCCUCUCGGGAACCAUCCCGCCAGAGAUCGGAAAGCUAAAGAGCCUCAAUUUCCUCGACCUUGGGAGUAAUCGGCUCGAAGGGCCUGUGCCGUCGGCGAUCGCCGGGUGCGAUAACCUCGAGUUCGUUGAUUUGCAUUCCAAUGCCUUGUCAGGCGCAAUGCCGGACGAGCUCCCCAAGAGGCUUCAGUUCGUGGAUGUCUCCGAUAACCGGCUCGCGGGGGUUCUCGGCCCCGGCAUUGGGCGGCUGCCGGAGCUGACCAAGCUUAGCCUGGGCAAGAACCGGAUCUCCGGUGGCAUCCCGCCGGAGCUCGGUUCCUGCGAGAAGCUGCAGCUGCUGGAUUUGGGCGAUAACGCGCUGUCCGGCGGCAUCCCGCCGGAGCUCGGCACGCUCCCGUUCUUGGAGAUUUCGCUGAAUCUCAGCUGCAACCGGCUCACAGGGGAAAUCCCGUCGCAGUUUGGGGGCCUUGACAAGCUCGCGUCACUCGACGUGUCCUACAACCAGCUCUCCGGCGCGCUCGCGGCGCUCGCGGCGCUGGAGAACCUCGUCACGCUGAACGUCUCGUUCAACGCGUUCUCCGGGGAGCUCCCCGACACGCCCUUCUUCCAGAAGCUUCCGCUCAGCAACAUCGCGGGGAACGACCACCUGGUCGUGGUCGGCGGGGGCGACGGCGAGAGCCAGAGCGCGUCCUCCCGGCGCGCGGCGGCCAUGUCGGCGCUGAAGCUCGGCAUGACGAUCCUCGUGGCCGUGAGCGCGUUCCUGCUGGUAGCCGCCACGUACGUGCUCGCGCGCUCCCGCCGCAGGAGCUUCGAGGAAGAAGGCCGCGCCCAUGGCGGAGAGCCGUGGGAGGUGACCCUUUACCAGAAGCUGGACUUCUCGGUGGACGAGGUGGCGCGGAGCCUGACGCCCGCGAACGUGAUCGGCACGGGGAGCUCGGGCGUGGUGUACCGCGUGGUGCUCCCCAACGGGGACCCGCUGGCCGUGAAGAAGAUGUGGUCGGCGUCCUCCGACGGCGCGUUUGCGAACGAGAUCUCGGCGCUCGGCUCGAUCCGGCACCGGAACAUCGUCAGGCUGCUCGGGUGGGCGGCCAACCGGAGCACGAAGCUGCUCUUCUACGCGUAUCUCCCAAACGGCAGCCUCAGCGGCUUCCUCCACCGAGGGGCCGCCGUGGUUAAGGGAGGCGGCGGUGGCGCCGCGGACUGGGACGCGCGCUACGAGGUGGCGCUCGGCGUGGGGCACGCCGUGGCUUACCUCCACCAUGAUUGUCUCCCCGCCAUCUUGCACGGCGACAUCAAGGCCAUGAACGUCCUGCUCGGCGCCGGCAACGAGCCUUACCUCGCCGACUUCGGCCUCGCCCGCGUCCUCUCCGGCGCCGUCCUGCCCGGCGCCUCCGCCAAGCUCGACACCUCCAAGCACCGCAUCGCCGGAUCAUACGGCUACAUCGCUCCAGAGUACGCGAGCAUGCAGAGGAUCACGGAGAAGAGCGACGUGUACAGCUACGGGGUGGUGGUGCUGGAGAUGCUGACGGGGCGGCACCCGCUGGACCCGACGCUGCCGGGCGGGGCCCACCUGGUGCAGUGGGUGCGGGACCACGCGCAGGGGAAGCGGGAGCUCCUGGACCCGCGGCUGCGCGGCAAGCCGGAGCCGGAGGUGCAGGAGAUGCUGCAGGUGUUCGCCGUGGCCAUGCUCUGCGUCGGCCACCGCGCCGACGACCGGCCGGCGAUGAAGGACGUCGUCGCGCUGCUCAAGGAGGUCAGGCGGCCGCCCGACGGCGCCGCCGGCGACGAGGGGAAGGGGCAGGGCUGCGGCGGUGCGGCAGCGGCGCCUGAUGCCGUUGCCGGCGAGCGGCGGCUGCGAUCGCCGGCUCGGAGCGUGCUGCCGAUGGGCGGCUCUUCGAACUGCUCCUUUGCCAUGUCUGAUUACUCAACCUGAUGAGAGCUGCUUUUGUUGCAGCAGUAGAUAUCAAACACUAAAUCUGUAGAAAUUUUUUAUGUAUAAUAAGAUGAUAGGGGUAGUGAAUCAGUAACCGGUAGUGAUUUCUUGAAUUUACCUGUGUUUAUAAUGUUCUACAUUUUUUUGUAAGACGGACAAAUUUAUUGGAAGCACAAGUAGGCGACGUAUCCGCUGCAAAACUUGCAAACUUUCUAUCUGGACCA